AUGGCUUGCGCAGACUGUUUCCGCGGCAACAUCCACGAGGGCCAGCCCAAGGGCGAGGUUGGCAAUGUCCACGGCCUCGACACGUAUAUUUCGCGCCCGCCCAAGGGCACCCAGUCGCGCGGCAUCAUCGUCAUCAUCCCCGAUGCCUUUGGAUGGAAAUUUGGUAAUAAUCGCCUGCUUGCGGAUAACUAUGCCGAAAAGGGCGACUUUACCGUCUACCUCCCCGAUUUUAUGAAUGGCCAUGCCGCUCCCUUGAGAAUGUUUGAUCAUGGCCGCGCAUUUUCGACUUCAUCCAACAUCCUCACCAAAAUCUACCACGUCUUUUGGGCCGUGCUGGACAUCAUCCCGUUCUUCUACUACUGCAACCCCGGCAAGACCUUUCCCGUCGUCAAGGGCUUCUUUGAGCAACUGCGCAAGGACGAGGGUGCCACGCAGCCAAUCGGCGCUGCUGGCUUCUGCUGGGGCGGCAAGCACGUCGUUUUGCUGAGCCACGGCUACGAGAUUGACGGCAAGCCGCUCCUCGACGCGGGCUUCACGGCCCAUCCCAGCAUACUGAGUAUUCCCUCCGACAUUCAAAAGAUUCAGCGCCCCGUCUCGUUUGCUUUGGCGGCCAAGGAUGACCAAAUCUCACCUGCCAAGGCUGAGAAAGUCAAGGCCAUUGUGGAAGCUCUCCCGAGCCCCGCGACGGGCGAAGCAUAUGUGAUUCCGGGGACUGGCCAUGGCUUUGCUGUGCGUGCCGACUUGACCAAAGAUGAUGUGGCUGCGCAGGCGGCCAGGGCCGAGGACCAGAGUGUUGACUGGUUCAAGAAGCACUUUUAA